AUGUGCGCAGCUGAGUUCUUUUGCAGUUACUAUGGCUUGGAGUGGUUCAUACGCUUUAUGGCAUUCGAGAGAAAGUGCAACUGCUUGAGAGAUGGCUGGUUUGUUUUCGACAGUAUUUUAGUGUUCCUGAUGGUCGGCGAAACGUUUGUGGUUACCAUGCUUCUUUUGAUCAUCAGUCAAGAUGGCCCCACGAGCUUUGGAUUUGGCAAUGCCGGCAUCUUACGCCUCUUCCGGCUGCUGCGUCUCACGCGCAUGGCGCGGAUGCUGCGGUCCAUGCCGGAGUUGAUGAUUCUAAUCAAGGGAAUGGCCGCAGCCACCACCUCUGUAUUUUUUAUCAUGUGUUUGCAGCUGAUUUUGCUCUACGUUUUUGCCAUAGCCUUUACACAGCUCGCAGCGGAUACUCAGAUGGGUGCAUACUACUUCCCAAAUGUCCUGCAUUCAAUGUACACAUUGCUACUCUACGGCACGUUCUUGGACAACCUCUCGACCUUUUGCGACGAGGUGGGCGCAGAAAGCGGACUUUGUUUGGCCCUGAUCUUCGUUUUUGUGUUACUAUCGGCUUGCACCGUGCUCAACAUGUUGAUCGGCAUUCUGUGUGAAGUGGUCAACACCGUCACGACGGUGGAGAAAGAAGAGAUGACGGUGCUCUUCGUGACCAACAAACUGCAGAAGGUUCUCGAUGAGUUGGACAGCAACAACGAUGGGCAGCUCUCAAAGGAGGAGUUUGAGCACAUUUUGCAGGUGCCCGCAGCCGCGCGCGCGCUUGAGGAGGUUGGAGUGGACCCUGUGAGCAUCGUGGAUUGCGGCAAUUUCAUCUUCGGGGAAGGAGGUGGCACUGACCUGCCAUUUAAGAAGUUCAUGGAGGUGCUCUUGACCCUCCGAGCCGACAACAAAUGCACCCUCAGAGAUGUCAUCAGUCUCAGAGGACAGGUGAAAAGCCAGUUGGAUACCUUGGUCCAUCGGCUGUGUGCCGAUCUCCCAAACAUCUUGGGGCUACGGAAGGCCCAGGUCGUACCUCAUAGUCGUCAGCAAACCGGGGAAAUUUCCGUGGAGCACGAGUCAGCGGAGAGGGACGACGCGGGCGGUGCGGAAUUGCGCGCACUGGAAGCCAAGACAGAUUCCUUGGAGGGAACUAUGGAGGAGAUCUUGGGGAAGCUGUCUCUUCUAUCGCAGCAUUUUGAGAAACCGGCUCCCGUGGAGGUGGCUGCCGUUCCCUUGGAGCGUCCUCUCUCCGGCGUGUCCUCGUUGCGCAAAACGGCACAGGUGGAAGCCUUCUAUCUGCCCAAGCGCGACUACGCCAAAGAAGAGUUGCUGCGAAGCUUCCGGAUGCGCGAUAGCAGGAGAUAUCUCGUGGCCUUGGAAUUGGCUUUGGACGCUGAACUCGACUUCGAGCAGAUUCCCUGUGUGUAUCGCCUCUACCGCUUGGCCGAGACCUUCAUGCUGCACCACAGUGAGGUCCCAGAUGCCUCGGGCAAGAUCACAGCGCAGUUGUGUUUGAUCCUCGACUACGGCGUGUCCGACGGCGCGGCGGCUGCGGCAGAGCAUGCGCAGCGCAUGGCGCGAGUGAAGAAGAGCUUGGAACAAAUCGUGGAGGAUGUGAAAAAGUUUCGGAAUCCUUCCUUCCCAGAUGCCUCGGUGGAUCUGGAGCUGACGGCCAUCGCCUACAGCGACUGGGACGAGAUCUACGGCCGUCCCGCCGUCGCGGCCUUCGGCGGCCGCGAAGUGAACAGCGCGGCCAGCGGCCCGUGGGACUUCAACUUGGGUGGCCAGUUCACCCGCGACCCACUGGAGCUACAGAGAUGGAUGGGCUCUGGCCGUGCGGGGCGCGGUUCGCCUUGCCGCGAGCUGGCUGGAGCCUGGUGGACGGCGGCGCAGCUGCCCUGGAAGGCGCAAAAGAAACUGGCCUUGGUGAUCACCGAUGCUCCCUGCUAUGGCAAGGACUACAGCAGUGUGGCCGCAGCAGACUCUCGUUGCGAUCCCCGUAGCGGGCUCACCUGCACGGGGCGACCAGAAGAGCCCCUGAAGCGGCUCUAG